AUGGCGACUGUGAUUAAUUUCUGGUCUGGGAGUGAACCUUUAUAUCACGACUGAGCGGGAAUCACAGCGAAAGAUGCCGGAAUAUACUUCAAAUUCAAAAUGUAUUGGCAGGUCAUAUUUUAGGUAUAUGUAUAUAUCGUGUAGAUAAUGCUGUAAUCUACAAGCUGCUGAAUUCAAGUGCUGUGUUCCGGUUAUAGAUCUUGGUGUAAAACACAAAUUAGCUUAAAGACCAAGAAUCAAGACUAUUGAAACGGCGUUGUUCUUAGUGUCUUUCCCAAGCGGUGGCUGUACAGCCUCGAAAACAAACUGGAUAUAGUUCAUUGAGAGAUUUAUAUAUUGGAAACGGCACAUUAUGCAUUCCUUAUCUAGAAUCACACCGAUAAUUUGAUUCUAUAUGGCCUGGACGGAUAAUGCUAGUAUAUUGACUUGAGCUCGUAUAUUGGAACAACGGUUGACAGAACUCCAGACGGAGAUGUGAACAAAAUCUGAUAUGGCAUCCGUUACUUCAUGUUGUAUCUGUCUGCUGGUGUAUCAUUUCACAUGUGUUCUUGGUCAAGACUUCUCCUUUCUGGAACAAGUGUAUGGAAUUGUGGGUAGUAACGUGUCCAUACCAUGCCGGGUGAAUUCAUCAGGCUUUGACCCCAGUCACACCCUUGUUACAUGGAAGAAGGAUAACACGUUCCUGCUCUCGGCAAGACAAAUUGCCGGGGAGGAAGAAAUGAAGCUGUCGUAUCUGGACCAAAGUCUGGCAGCUGGAAAUAAGUAUGAGGUGUUGACCACUUACAGUCUGGUAGUGUCCAGCCUUGUCCUGGGUGACAGUGACAACUACACCUGUACUGUUAUCGUCUUCACUGAUGACACGCAGACUGCCGAGAAAACGCGGGAAACCAAUAUUACCUCACUUCUUGUACAAGAUGUUCCCACCAUCCCAGGGCGACCCAUCAUCACCGACAUAGAGUCGAGGAGUAUCACUGUGACCUGGGCUCACAGUCACCAGGAAAACAAUAGUCCCAUAUUCUCUUAUGUCAUCCAAAUGAAAAUGGCGACGAUGGAUUGGUUGAGUGCCCAGGAGAUGUCCACGGCCAUGUCCGUAAAGGAUCCCCCCGCGUGUACUUUUAUUAACCUUCUCCCUUAUACAAUGUAUCGUGCACGUGUCAUCGCUGUCAAUUACGUUGGUCGCAGCAUGCCAAGCCAAGAGAGCGAGAUUUUCUGGACCAAGUCUGAAGCUCCUAGUGCAGCGCCGGAGAUCCUGGAGGCCACCAGUCACAACAGCUCACAGAUUUUCUUCAAGUGGCGACCACCUCCCCCCUCGGAACUCAACGGAGAACUCACAGGCUACGUCAUACAAUAUAAUGUAGAAGGGUUGAACAUCCUUCAGACUGUCACCGAGGAGAAUAAAGACAAAACGAACCUGACAAUCAUCAAUCUGUUACCAUUCACCAACUACUACAUCACCAUAAGGGCACAAAACAACUUUGGAACUGGACCAUUUGCUGAAAUAAUGGUCCGUACUGCCGAAGGACGGCCAUCUAAGCCUAGAAUCAUUCACACACUUGAUGUGAUGUCAACCUCAUUCAACUUGAGCUGGGAGGCCCCUAAUGAGAUGCGAGGAAACCUGCUGGGCUACGAGUUAGAGUGGAGUCACAAUAAAACCAUCAAAUCUAUGAUUAUCCGUAACCUGGGCGAUCGUGGCAGUACUCAACACGAGGCUUAUAUAUCUAAUCUCGAACCGUAUACACAGUACAGAGUGAGAGUGCGUGCCUUUACCGGUGGGGGUAAUGGAGAGUUCAGUGAUUCCUACCCAGCUCUAACAGAUGUUACAGGUCCUGGCAGGCCUACAGGACUGAAUGUCACAGUGACUGGCUCCAACAGUGUGUUUGUACAGUGGGAACAACCUACAAAGUUCUAUCGCGUCGUCAAUUACUAUGUUAUUGAGUACGAAGACACUACCUCUUUCUUCCAUAAUUCUCUCACCAUAGAGGCACCCACCCAGAAGUUGAAUAUCACCAACCUGCCGAGUAACCGUCCCUACAAGUUACGUCUGGCUGCUGUGACCAAGAGCAUUGUCAAACAGCAGAGAUACAGUGGACAGUUCACCGAUUGGAUAAACUUUGAACUUAUAGGAGAUACUCAAAAUGAAACAAUCGAAGAUUGUAUCAAUAACACCACUAUCAAAACAGAUCCUGCUGCCAUGGAGGAGGCUGAACAGGAAAUCAUGUCAGCUGGCAUUGUAGCUGGGAUCGUGUGUGGCCUUGUUUUCAUCCUCAUGUGCAUCUUGGUAUUUAUUGGCUGCAGGUCACUUACAUGCAGGAAAUAUUACCAGGCUGCGUUUGACUACCUUGCUGUCCCUACCAACAACAAUUCUCCACCAACAACUGUCAUCAAUAUCCCGGAACCGUUGGAGGAGAUCAGUUAUCAGCCAAUACCAGUCGCAGAUUUCCUUCAGCAUGUGCGGUCUCUGCAUGCUGAUAGUGACGUGGGCUUCUCACAGGAAUUUGCUGAUAUAAACAAGCAGACCUGUGGCUGGACCAUACGUGCGGAUGCCUCCAAUCAACAUGAAAACAAGUCUAAAAACAGAUACAUUAACAUUAUAGCUUUUGACCAUAGUCGGGUCAUGCUGAAACCCAUCAAUGGACGGUUGAGGAGUUCAGACUACAUUAAUGCUAAUUACGCUGAUGGAUACAAGAAACCAAAAGCUUACAUUGCAACCCAAGGCCCACUUCCCUCAACCUUCGCUGAUUUCUGGAGGAUGGUGUGGGAACAGAACUCGGUUGUCAUAGUGAUGAUCACAAAAUUAGUAGAGCGUGGCAAGAGGAAGUGUGACCAGUAUUGGCCUGAUGAUGGUAUAGAGUUGUACGGACCUAUCCAGGUCAAGCACCUCAACACAUUCUCCAGGGCCCAUUACACUGUCAGGAUGUUUUCACUGAAAAACACAAAACUUAAAAAGCAAUACUCUGAGCGGAUAGUGUAUCAUUUCCAUUACACUGAGUGGCCAGAUCAUGGUGUGCCAGACUUCACACUACCAGUGCUAAAGUUUGUACAAAAGUCGGCAUACAUUAACCCUCCAGGAGCAGGGCCUAUAGUAGUCCAUUGUAGUGCUGGUGUAGGUAGGACUGGCACCUACAUCCUUAUAGACAGUAUGAUAGAGGAGAUGAAAGAUAAGGGUACAAUUAAUGUAGCGGGAUUCCUACUCCACAUCCGGCGACAACGAAAGUUCCUCGUUCAAACAGAGGAGCAGUAUAUGUUAAUACAUGAUGCCAUCGCUGAGUACAUCCUUAGUAACGACACCGAGAUAAAACACGGUGACCUGACAGGGUACAUAGACAAGAUCUCUCAGCUUCAUGAUGGUGAGAAGGAAACUGCCCUGGAGAGGCAGUACAAGCUUGUCACUGCCUAUAAACCUAAAGACACAGACAAGUUCCCAGCCAAUAAAAAUAUCAACCAGAACAAGAACAGGAACAAUGACUUAGUACCACUGACAGUCAAGCGAGUGCCUCUCCCAGCUAAACCAGGCGUGGAUGGGUCUGAUUACAUCAAUGCCACCUACCUACAGGGAUACAACAAGACCGAUGAAUUCAUUCUGACGCAGCACCCACUUGAGGAUACAGUAGAAGAUUUCUGGAGGAUGGUGUGGGACCAGAACUCUUCUGUUGUUUUCCUUCUGUCACAGCUGGACGACAAGGAGUACAAGAGGUUCUGGCCUGAGAAGGAGACACCCAUGGCUAUAGGUACUGGGCUGUUUAAGGUCGUGUUCCAGGAAGAAGAGGUGCUGGCUCGUUACACUGUCAGAGAGUUCCUCCUCGAGUCCACACAGGACGACUACGUGUUGAUGACACGGAUCCUUACAUGUGAUGGCUGGCCCCAGAAGGAGCAGCCCCUGUGGAAAGCUUUUGACAUGAUAGAGACUGUCAAGGACCUCCACAAACAGAACGAUAUCGGACCAGUCAUUGUCGUUGACAGGUACGGCGGAGUAGAAGGCUGUGUGUUCUGUGCCCUCUGGUCGCUACACGACCAACAGAUUCACGACAAAGUGGUGGAUACGUAUCAUCUUUGUAAACUGUUCCACCUCAAACGACCAGGCAUCAUAGGGACACUGGAGGAUUAUCUGUUCCUGUACAAAGCCAUGGAGAGUUACAUCCAGGACUGUAGUGAGAAGGAAUCAAAUAACCUCUCUCAUCACUUACAUUUACGGAACUCUUCAAAGAAAAACGGCACUAUGCCACGUAGUCCUACAUUAUCAAUAAAGGCAGAGACAAUCGUGUGACACAGUGAAAAAGUGAUGUCUGUGGUUCUUGUGGAGUGCGGCCCUGUUGUUGUGGUGUAGUAUCGUCACUGGCUGUUCGUCCUCGGUGCUUUUGUCAGUCUGGUUUCUGCACAAGUUGUUGCUGUUGACGAUGAAACUUUCCAUUUUCAUCAACAGACUGGGACCAAGGCGGCGGAUUAUUCACUUGAUCCAUGUGUACUUACUACCUAGGUUUAUGGCAGUGUGCCCUAAUCAUUCCUUAGUUUGUAUACUCUACUGUGAAUAGUAACCAGAUAACAAGCUCUCCAAAUGGUGUACUGGUGUGACCAGUCAUAUGUGUCAUUGUCCAUCACAAAUGAGAUGGGAAAAGGCUGGUUUUGUGACAGUUUUGCCGAAACUUUCCUGACAAGAUGAAAAAGACUAAUUUGUGGUAAUUUUGCCCAAACUCUCUUGACUACAGUCCUCUACCUAUGAGGAGGCAGCUCCCUGUAGCAACUCUUUACAUAUGGCUGGUUGUAGGAGUCAAAACAAAAGUUUGAAUCGACCCCGUGUCCAAUAGGUUAGUGUGGGGCAGUGUCUGUGUCAAGCUGCUACAGCCCCAGUCCCCACUGAGUAGUGUUUGUGUGAAGGUCACACAAUACCAGCCCUUAAAGGGCAGUGUCUGUGCCAAGGUCUUAUGACCCCAGCCCCAUUGGGUCAUGUCUGUGCCAAGGUCGCACACCAGCCCCUUCAGGGAAGUGCCUGUGUCAAGGUCAUACAAUACCAGACCCUAUAGGGCAGUGUCUGUGUCAAGGUCGUACAUCACCAGACCCUAUAGGGCAGUGUCUUUGUCAAGGUCAUACAACAUCAGCCUGAUAGUGUAGUGUCUGUGUCAAGGUCGUACAACACCAGCCCUUAUAGGGCAGUGUCUUUGUCAAGGUCAUACAACACCAGCCCGAUAGUGUAGUGUCUGUGUCAAGGUCGUACAACACCAGCCCCCAUGGUGCAAUGUCUGUGUUGAGAUUGCAUAACACAAGCCUCUGUGUCAACACACGUUGUGCAGCUAUGUUAAGAUUCAGACACAGUGCUUUAUUGAAAUAUUCAUUAUAUAAUCUGCUACAAAAGUAUGAUUUUAUGCUUUAUAAGAGUAUCAUCCUCUCAUUUCCCAGAGAAACUGUAGUUCAUUGCUGUUUUUAUAACCAUUUGAUUUUAAUUAUAUGUUGAAUGUGUAGCCUGUGUUAUAUGGUGGUUACAUAGUGUUUAUGUCAUCAUGUGACUUUGUUAAACAGUUAUUACAGGUGAACACAUUUCAUAGAUGAACAUUUUAUUAUAUGUUGGUGUAUGUGUUUCAGUCAGACAGUGAAAACAGGCAGGUGACUGUUCUGUAUGAAAUACCAAACCAAAAUGUGCCAAUCCUCUCUCACUAGUUCUAGCCUGUAAGACUUUCCUGCCAAAUCACCACCGGUAUGAAGACCAUUUAAAUACUUCCAUGUUCCCAAACCUGUUGUUUUUGUUAUUGAGUUUCCUUUGAUAAUUACACCACUUGUUGGGUGUAUGUGUCACAUGACCACAUUGUUCCAUAAAUCAAAUGUAAAGAAAAGGUGGCAUGAUAUUCAGAUCUGACUACACAUCCACAACCACUUCCACAACCACUUAAAUUGUAAGAUUUCCUACUAACACGGCCAUGUAUCUGUAAUCGUCGAUACCACAUAAACCGUGCGUUUACGUGUAAUGCUAACACGGCCAUGUGUCCGUGAUGGUCCAUACCACAUGAACCCAGUCCGUAUGUGUAAUUUCUAAUACGGCCAUGUGUCCGUGAUGGUCCAUACCACACGAACCAUGUCCGUAUGUGUAAUUUCUAACACGGCCAUGUGUCUGUGAUGGUCCAUACCACACGAACCCUGCCUGUAAGUGUAAUGCUAACAUGUAUCCAUGGAAUUAGAUAUAAGUCUAGUUUUGAACUAGGUAUAUGCAACAUUUCCUGUCCAACAAUGCUGCGCUUUAAAUGAAGUAUCUAAUAAUUCUUGUUAGUUAUACACAAGAACACAGUGUUAUAAAGCGAAAUUUUAUUGAUGAUUUUUUAUUUUGAGAGAUUUCCCUAUUAUUUUUUAUUUUGAGAGAUUUCCCUAUUAUAUUUUCUGUUUUGAAUUGCCUAAUCAGAAUUUUGUUAUUAUUAAUAAGAAAUGCAGUGUAUACAUACUAAAAAAAUUUGUUAAUGUUACACAGGCAGAAUUCAAAUUUGUGAGCGAAACAACAACACACUCCGGAGUUUACUGGAUGUUGGUUCUUGUGAAUUUUUGUCUCCAGUUUCAUUCAUUUUCAUACAUGUGUACUGUAAAUCUAUACAAGGGGAAAGUUUUGCUAACUAUGUGAAAGCCAUUCAGCUGUGAAAGUUUGCCCCAUUCAUAUUAUUUUGUGAUGUAUGUGGUAUUUAUGGAACAGAUGAAAAAGAAUAAUUCACAGAAAUAACCCCCAUGGUAGGAAGUAGGAAGUAAAUCCAUAAAAGAAAGUGUUGUAAUUUGAAGUUUAGGAGGAAAUUCAUCCUUUCUUUCUCAGGAUUUAUGAUAAUUACCGGUACUGUUUGUUGCUGCAGAUGUAGUUAUUAUCACCGAUUUAUCAAAGAGUAAAUAUUUAUGUUCAUAUGGAUUACCUAUUUCAUUAAUUCAAUGCUGAAUGAAUCCUGUAUACAUUAUCAUUUAUCGUACACAUAGUAACAAAUCCUUAACUGUUUUACUUUAACAACCAUUUAAUUACAUUAUGAGGAAAUGAAUCGUCAAAGUUAAGUGUUCUUUGUAACCUGUUGAUUUAUCAAAUUCUGUAUAUCUAGUAGUAGCAACGGAACACACACAUCUGCUGUUUUAUUUAAAUGUCUGUAUGUUGAUCUGUAUUAUUUCAUAGUUGACAACUUACAGAGAAUUAGGUUCCUAAGACCCGGAUAUAUUGGUGACUCCAACAGAGAAUUAGGUUCCUAAGAACAGGAUAUAUUGGUGACUCUAACAGAGAAUUAGGUUCCUAAGACCCGGAUAUAUUGGUGACUCCAACAGAGAAUUAGGUUCCUAAGAACAGGAUAUAUUGGUGACUCCAACAGAGAAUUAGGUUCCUAAGAACAGGAUAUAUUGGUGACUCCAACAGAGAAUUAGGUUCCUAAGAACAGGAUAUAUUGGUGACUCCAACAGAGAAUUAGGUUCCUAAGACCCGGAUAUAUUGGUGACUCCAACAGAGAAUUAGGUUCCUAAGAACAGGAUAUAUUGAUGACUCCAACAGAGAAUUAGGUUCCUAAGACCUGGAUAUAUUGGUGACUCCAACAGAGAAUUAGGUUCCUAAGAACAGGAUAUAUUGGUGACUCCAACAGAGAAUUAGGUUCCUAAGAACACGAUAUAUUGGUGACUCUAACAGAGAAUUAGGUUCCUAAGACCUGGAUAUAUUGGUGACUCCAACAGAGAAUUAGGUUCCUAAGACCAGGAUAUAUUGAUGACUCUAACAGAGAAUUAGGUUCCUAAGAACAGGAUAUAUUGGUGACUCCAACAGAGAAUUAGGUUCCUAAGACCAGGAUAUAUUGGUGACUCUAACAAAAUAUGUUAGGUCACCAUAGAAAUCUGGCGGAUUAAAUCCUGUGAAAAUCAUUUUGAUUGAAACAAAAUUAUUCAAGAAUCUGUCCAUUCGAAAAAAUGAUGCUUUAACAUGGUGUAGUAUUGAGGUAUCUGGUGGAUAAACUCUUCAUGGUGAUCAUUAAUGCUUUAAAAAUAAUAUAUUAGUAUUACUCAGAAACAAAAAAUCAUUUACAUUACACCAGCUGCUACUUUACAAUUUGAACUUUUUAAUUCAGUAAAAUUUUGUAAUUUUGAAUACAGUGUAAUGUAAUUAACUAUUUAAUUGUCUCGCUGUGGUACAGAUCUUACAGGCAAACAACAUAUGCAUGUUAACACAUAUUUUGUUUGACUGCAUAGAUCUGUCAUUUAUAACGAUUAUAGAUAUCAUAGUGAGAUAUUUCAAUGCUUAUAUUUAGUAUUAACAUUUCUUUGGCUAAAUUCUUAUUAUAGUCAAAAACAAGUGAUACAUUACCAUCAGUAUGAAAUUUUAGGUGUAAAAUACAUUUUUAUGGCAAACUAUUUCAAUCUGUCUCCAUGGGUACAAUUAAAACUUCAUUAUGGACAUGUGCUGGAUGGCAUUUAAUUGAAAGUCAUGCUUCUUCCUAAUAAGUUUGCAUCUUGGCAUUGCCAUGACAAUGUUGAUUUCAAAAUUGUCAUUCUUUAUCACUCAGUUCUUUACCACCCAUAAAUGGCUAAUACCUUAACUUUCCUAUAAAGUAAUACAUUCAAAUUCCAUUUCUAGUUGUAAUUUAUACAUAAUCAUAUCUCUUUAAUCAGAAUUUAAUAAUCUUGCCAAUUUUAACAAUCAAAAUAUUAAGAAAUAAAUAUUCUGUAGUAGUACAUUGUUUGUAUAAAUACCAGACUUAAAAGUGAUAAAUUGAAACCAGACCAUUCGUGAUCACAGUAAACAGUAUAUAGGUCACAGUAAACAGUAUAUAGGUCACAGUAAACAGUAUAUAGGUCACAGUAAACAGUAUAUACAUGUAGGUCACAUGUACAGUCAACAGUGUAUAGGUCAUCGUAGAUCAAUGGUUUUUCUCUGGGUACUCGGGCUUUCCUCCACCUCCAAAACCUGGCACGUCCUUAAAUGACCCUGGCUGUUGAUAGGACAUUAAACAAAAACAAACAAACAAAAGUAAAGAUCACAAUCAACAGUAUAUAGGUCACAGUCAACGGCAUAUAGGUCACAGUAAACAAUAUAUAGGUCACAGUAAACAGUACAUACAUUUACUACAUCUACUGGUGUAAAUCUGUGACCAUUUAGAAGUGGGUACAUUUAGUAUUUGUCUACUGACUGCUUGUCUUAAGGUUGAAUUACAGUAAUUUACCUCUACUGAAUUUUAAAUAUAGGUAAUUAAGUGACCAAAACUUCUGAAUAUUUCAUUUUUUGAGGUCAAUAUGACCAGGCGUUCUGUGUAACAUGCAUCCAAGAUUUCCAGUCCAUUAAUAAUAUUGUGACCUUGAAAACAUUGUGACCUUAACUGUAGGAUGACCUUUAGAUAAUAUUUAGUUCAGAACGACAUUGAGGUUGUAGACAAGUUAACGUUAUGUGUACAUAUUUUACCUCUGUAUUAUUGUUUUUGCUCAAAUUUGACUAUUGAUUUACAUGUAGAUGUAAAGAUGAACAGAAGAUGGUUACCUGUGGUGUGAGGUACCAUCAUACAUAUCUCCUAUGGGCAUACAUAUUUAUAACAGCUUUUUAUCAGCAUUUCUCUUUUUUUUUUAUAUUUUGUGAGUGACUUUUUUUCUACACAAAUUCUUUUUGUGAGUUUAGAAGUUUUUGUAUAGUAUUUUAAAUCAUUUGACACCCACUAUUUUAACCAUCCAUUAUCCAAUUAUCUUUCAAGCUGUAAGAAUUUAUAUAAUAAUAAAUUUGUCAAAUGUAGAUUUUAAGAGCUAUACUAUUCAGAAUAAGUAUAUUUUAUACAUAAAAAGUAGAAAUAAUUAAAGAGGGAAUCAUGAAUGUCAAUUAAUUCAAAACUUAAUACACAAUAAGUUAUACAGAAUGUGGAUUAACAUGUCCCAGUGACAAAGCAUAUAACAAGCCCUACAGGAUACUGUAAUGAAAACAGAAUGGUAUUCUAUAUUUUUGUAUGAUACAAUUGUACACUUAGCUGUUAGGUAUAUGUAGCAACCAUAUUUAAUACGAAGAGAACCUGUACUAUUGUUUAUUGAUUUUAUUGUGUAUGAUAUAUUGUGUAAGUGUUAUUAUUAAGUGUUUUAUGUAGAACCAUACAUAUAAAAUUUCAUCCUGUGUUGUGUAGAGUUUAAGCCAAAUCUGCCAAAUGUAUUUUACAUGAUAUUUGAUGAUGUGAAUAUUGAUGCAAUCUGCUGCCAGUUUUGAAGUGAACAAAUAAUGCAUCAUAUACAUUUGAUAAAUUUUAAUCAUUAAUCCGUUUUUUAUUUAACUAUAAAACCAUAUUAAUUACUUAAAGGGGAUUUUUUUCCUUUUAUUGAUAAUAUUCUGCUUUGAUAACAUGUUUUGUACUAUAUGGUUGUAUUUAUUAUGAAGGUUGUAAUUAUUAUGUAUAUCAGAGACAUUUGGAGUAUGAGCUGAUCAAGUCGGGAGUUCGGCAUAUUACAGACUGAUUAAGUCACAUGAUAGGCUGAUUAAGUCACACGAUAGGCUGAUUAGGUCACGUGAUUGGUUAAUUAAGUCACAUGUUUGGCAUAUGAUGACUAAUUCAGUCACAUGUUUGGCAUAUGAUGACUAAUUCAGUCACAUGUUUGGUAUAUGAUAGGCUGAUUAAGUCACUUGUUCGGCGUAUGAUGACUAAUUAUGCCAUGCGUAUAUAUAGUGCCGGUCAUCAGUUGAUUUCUGUGUAAUAUCAUAUUAAUCCAGACAUUUACUAUCAAAGUUGUACAUUUAAUUUAUACAGUUCACUUCCAUGUUAUUUACAUACAUAUAGCUUCUAGUCAUACAUGCUUUUUGUGUGAGUGUAAAGUUUCUCUGUAUGUUUUCAGGCCAGACCAGUUGUGAAUGUGUUGUACGUCCUCAAAAUGGACACCUGCCACAUAAUGGUUAUCAGAGGGAGGGUGAGGGGAUGUCUUACCAAUAUUGAUGGGCCUUAUAUUUUAGACGUCUUUGUUCUAAUCAUAAAUAACUUAAAGUGUAAAGUAGUGGGUUUUCUGUUUAAAUCAGCGGUCAUUUCAUGGCCUUGUGAAUUGCCCUAUUGGGCAGACUUAGAAGAAAUGAUGAUGAAAUUUUGAUGAAAAUUGAGCAGUGUCACUGAAAUUUAAGGGCUUGCCCCCUAUCGUAUUGAACGAAACUUGAGGCAUGUCCAAACUCAAAGCUGAAACCUAUGUGUGUCAUCCUUAAAGUAGAAAUGUUGGAAUCCAUCCUACAUGUUAAAAUUUGUUACAUGUACUUGUGUUCAUUAAGAUAAAUCAAAUAUGUGUCUAAUGUUAUUUAAGCUUUGUCUCUGAAUUGUACAGAACAAAAUGAUGUCAUUCUCUCAUAACCACAGCUGGUGUGAUUUAUCCUUAGUAUUACCAUAAAUCUAUGGCAUUUUCAAACAACCACAAAAUUCUGUUGUGGAGUUAACUCUACAAAUAAUGACUAUGGUUUUGUUGUAGAGUCCUGAUCCAUUAUAGGCUGUACAUGUAAUCUUAUCAGUACAUUUGUAUAUCUGAUUCGACUCUAAAAUUAACAGCUCCGAUAUAAACUAUAAUUGUAUAUGUUCAUGUGAUUAUGAGAGCAAUGAAGGAUCAUUUGUUUUAUGUGGUGUGUGUUAUUGAGGACAAUGUGUUAUUGAGGACAAUAUGUUGUGUGUCAGAUGUUGUAAUUGUUGUACCAUCAGCUUUUGUUGUUAUAAACUUGUAUGUACAUUGUACAGAUUUUCUAACAAAUUACCAUCAAUAUCUUAAUAGAUCUUUCAGAAUGUAAA